UUUAGAAUAAUUUGCUUUUUUGUAAUAUUUAAACAUGUGAAACAUAGUUUAAUGCAAAGGUGUAGUGUUUAAAUUUAGUUAAAUAAUAAAAAUGUUUACCAAAAAGCAGCAAACAGCCGAUAUAAUCAAAAAAUCGUCUCUGAAAGUUCAAGAUUCCAAAAAAGAAGUUUUUGCAAGAUUAAAGCAUUUAAAAACUAUACUAGUGGAAUAUUUCUUUAUUCAUCAUAUUAAUUUUUUCUGGUUCCUCAUUCAUGUUUUCUCUCUAUUACAAAUAAUUUUCGCAGAGCAUGUGGAUAGCGAUGAGGCGAAAACAUUUUUUGAAGCUAAUUACAGUCACAUCUUCUACAUACUACAUGAAACAUUUACACAAGCCGAAGCUAACUUGAAGCAAAGAGUACACAAAGCCCAUCGAGAAGAGUUAGAUGGAUCCAUAUGGCUUUUGGGUAAAGUCAUUUAUUUGCUACCUGAGUUGAUUGCAAAACGAUGGCAAUGUCAUUCAACAAGUCGAAUACUUAUGAAACUUCUACAUCAUGGAAACAGUAACAAGUUGAGACGUGAAGGCGUUCGAUAUUUUCUCAUUUGGUAUCAAGCUUUAGGUGAUUCAGAGCAUGGAGCACCAGAAGAAGCUAAUGCGAUGUUUCAUGAUUUAGUUCCGGGCUUAACAAUUCCACAGAAAGGAAAGCAAGGUCCGCAAUCAUCACCAACACGUGAAUUUUCCACACGAGAUUUUCAUGACUUAUCAAAUCAUCCAAAUUUUCGUAUUGGCGGUGAUAUGGGACAAUCAGUGUUUCACGAUCAAGCACAGAAAGCGCUGGACAUCACACCACUUAUCCUUCCAGCUUCUAAUGAACGAACAAUCGCUCCCGAACCACGCGAUGGCCUUGAAAUUCUUCUUGAAUGUAUGGUGCAGUCAACAGGUUGUCUUAAAUGGAGUGACAACAACAUCCAACGUCACUUACGUGGCUUUCAUUUCCUACUUCAACGUUUCCGUGAAGUUUAUUUGCCAGCCUUCUGUCCAAACUUUGACAAUUCAACAUCUAUAUUUGAUCCCAAGUUGGAUUUACCGGUGAUGAGAACGAUAACAAAGCGUGAAGAAGUUAUGAGCUCAUGUGUCGUUGUGUUAAUAAAUUGGGUCGCUAAAUACACAAGCGAACGACAUUCAAUGAAUAAAACUGAACAACAAAUAACGUUUGACGAUGUUCCAUCAGAGCAAGCAAGUUUAGUGUCAAAUAAACAUAUCGGUGGUUACACGCAAGGACAAAUUGUACGUGAAGUUCUUUAUUCAUCACGUGAUACUGUUAAUUUUCUUCAUGAAGUGUAUCGACAAGCAUUUCUUCUUAAUUUUACAUCGAAAAGUCAGAUUGAUGCGAUGAAGAUCGCAAUUGGAAUGUAUCGUGAUUGGAUGAGUACAUCAAUGCCGCCACCAUUUCUUCUUGAACCAGAUGAUAAUUGUUCAAGUACUGGAUCGUCAUUGGAUUCGACAACAACAACAUCAGCACCUGUUCGACCACAAAGACUUCGUGCUGAUUCAUAUAUCGGUGCAAUUACAAAAGAAAAUCUUUCGAUACGAGCGGGAAUGCAAAAUAUGCUGCAAAUUUUUGUGACAAAUGCACUUCAUGUCUUUAUGGUGACAACAUCGCAUUUAAACAUUCAUUUACCUUCGAAAGUUAAAGAUGAAAUGACAACACCACUUGACGAACAGACUGAGAUAUGCAAAAGAGUUUUAAAUAUUUAUCGAACGAUGGUGAUGAAAACACGAAUGGAGAGUCGAACGUGGGAGCAAUUAUUGAUGGUGCUACUUCAAAUAACGUCAGUUAUUCUUGCACAAGCACCACCAAAUGCGAAACGAAACAAUCUCGGUGGACGUUUGGCACAGCCAAUAUUUCAAACAUUAAUUGUAACAUGGAUUCGUGCACAUACAAAUGUUGUUGUUCAUCCACAAAUGUGGGAGAAGUUUUUAAAAGUUUUAUCAUCUUUAACACAUCGUGAAGAAUUAAUUGUUGAGUGGGAUAAGACUAUGCAAACAUUGACACGCGUGCUUGCACGACAAGUUUACAAUUUAAAUCUUCAAGAUUUACCGCUCGAUAGACUAGCAGAACAAAAAGGUAAACGACGUCGUGUGGGCGUUCCAUCGUCAGUAAAUGUUUGGCAGAAUAAUAACAACAAUAAUAUCAACAAUAACACACAAAAUAACAACAAUAUUGAUAAUCAACAAACAACGCCAACGACAAAUGCACUGAACAAGUCGAAUGAUCAAUCAAGAGCGAAUCAUCAUCAUCACCACCAUCAUCAUCAUCACAAUCAAAGCCGAAACAUACCGGGAACGCCACUUCUCAAUCGAAGUUAUAGCGAAGGAAGUCUAUCGACACCAUAUCGUAAAUCGAGAGGGAAACGACGAUUUAAAGCUCAUCAUCAAGUGCAAGAACUUCCAGCAAAUGUUGAACAUACUUUAACGAGAAUGACAUCGACAAUUUCAACGCAAUUAAGUAUUAGUAUGGAGACAUUAAAUAUAUCAAAAAUAUCAACAAAUUGUGAGCCAAUGAAUAAUGCGAGACGUGCUUUGUCACUUGAUUCAAUUCGUCAGAAGAAUGAUGAUAAUGAAAGUUAUCGUGAAUCGCGAUCACCAUCACCAACAGCUUCAAGUGGCAUUGAUGGAAAUUCUAUUAAAGAUUCGCCACUUCAAAUGGAUGUUUUAGCUGGCGGGGAUUCGAGUUCAAUUGAAACUCAUGAUGAGAAUUUAGAUCGAAAGUCGAUACUUGCUGGUGGAACAGCAAAAGGUUGGCUUCCUGACGUUGCUGCCGUUAUGUGGCGACGAAUGCUUGGCGCACUUGGUGAUGUUAAUAAAAUUUUAAAUCCAAAACUUCAUGCUGAAGUUUUUCGGUAUUUAGUGAAUAUCACUGAAAGUUUGAUAAAAAUUCGUAUGAAUCAAGGGAUAUCCAAUGAUAAUCAAAGCACACCAUCACCACCAGCACUUGUACCACCAAUUGGCAUUGUCUUGCCAUGGUGUUUCGGUGCAUUAACAUUAGAUGCACAAUUCAGUCUUGGGAAAGUUUAUGCGAUGCAAUUGCUUUGUAUGAUUGCAAGAAAUUCUUGUUUAAGUGGCGAUCAACUUCCUUUAUUUUACCACGCACUUCAUCAAGCUUUGACAGGAGAGAAUCGACAAAUGGCAGCAACAGCGCUCAAAUAUCUUGGUGGACCGAGAUUCCUAAGCUUACUUAUGCCUGGACAUUCAAUGUUAUUUCUUGAUUUGAUUCAUGCUUGCACUGUAAUGUUGACAUCAAUGGAUGUUAAAGGACCUCGAGCUGAAGCUGCUGGUUUGCUGGGAUCACUUUUAUGCUUUCCAAAGACGUCUUUACCUGGACCAGUCUUGCAACCAGCUGAACCUAACAUUGAUUUAAUGGAAUGUCCUGAUCUACAAGAACAUGUUUUAAACAUUGUCUUAAGAUGUGCACGACGAGAACCAACAGCAAAAGCACGAUCAAUUGCAAUUUCAUCACUUGGUCAAUGGAUUCUUCAAAAUUUAACAAAUCCAAGACCAGGUGAUGAUUCAGGAAUGAAGACAGGGAAAAAGCAAUCAAAUCAACCAAAUCCAAGGAUCACUGAAGCAUUCCAAGUGUUAUUACAAGCACUUCAAUUUAAACAUCGAGUGAUUGCACGAAUUGCAUGUGAAACGCUUCGCCUUUGUACUGAGAAGGGAUCGGAACUUGCAAAGAUUGAUAAACUUCCAGGAAUGAUUGUUGAAGCUUUGUGUUAUUCUCUUGAGAUUCAAAACAUUCCAAAUCCUAAAGACAGCGAUAAAAAUGUUUUAACUUCAUUGCUUUUGUGCCUUGGCGAACUUUGCAUGGCUCUACCUGUGAGAAUAUUAAUUCAACCAACACUUGAAGAUAAUGAAAUGUCAAUCAUGUUGUUAGUGUUUAAAGUUCUUCAUCGAAUUUCAACAGGAAAUUACAAUGAUAGGAUCAGAAUUUAUACUAUUGAUGAUGAUUUUGAGAUGACAAUUUCGAUUGAUGAUGUGAGAGAACAAAUGACAACUGAAGCGAGUUAUCAAACACAGGAAACAAUUCAACAAUGUCAAAGUUCAAUCCAAUUGUGUGCAAAAACAGUUGCAAUGCAUCUUGUAACGAACAUUUCUCAUUUUCCACUUGGAAUUGGUGCUGCACGUUUAAGUUCAAUGGUUGAUGAACAUGAUGACUUACAAUUGACUGGUUGUGGACAAAGAGACAGCAGCAUGAAAGAAGCAAGUGUCGAUAUGUAUGCCUCUCAAGUAAUUCCAGCAGCGAAUCUUCAAUUGUUAAUGCUUAGUUCAGAGUUGGUUGCAACAUUUAUUGAACUUCCAACAUUAAAACUUCCAUGUGGAUUAGCUGGAGGUUUAAUAACAGCAAAUCGACAAGUUCGAUUGCUUUUAAGAGAUUUGAAUGGAAAAUCAUGUUGGGAUGCGUCAAUCAUUUAUUGUGAGCCGAAAAUUCAAGCUGAAACUGAAUUGUUUGGUGAAGAAAUUGAAUUUGAUUGUGCAGCGAAAGCUAAAUCAUUCCAAAGAUUCCAAAGCUAUGGAGGGAAAACUCAAUUUAGUGGCGUCUCUUUAGAUCCAAUGAUAUCAACAAUUGGAAUUAAUAUGACGCAACCACCUCGACACACUUUGAGACAUCGUCAACCACACCAACUUCCACUUGCUAAGGAUAUGUCUCCGGAUCUUGAUCAACUUGAUGAUUUACUUCAAUAUAUUGGCUAUAGCAGUCCGGAAUGUUUAGAUGGAAAUGUUAAUUCAUUGAAUAAUGCUGGGCCAUCACCACUUGGUUCAAAUCUUGAAGCACAAACAAUCGCAAUACUUUUAAAUCAAAGAGCAAUGGAAUCAGAUUUCACUACAAGAAAAUCGACACAAUCGUUUGAUUUAAGCAGCACAUCGGAUUAUAAUAACUCAAGUAUUGAGUUUGCAUCGUUUGGCGAUGAUAUUACAAUACGAUCAAAUAACAGUAACAAAAGUGAGAAUCGAAACGAAACAAGCAUUUCAAAAAGUGAUCCGCCAAUCUUCCACUUUGGACGUUUAUUGUUCAGUCAAAUUGGUUUAGCUGGAUGGGAACGAAGAAAGCGAACGAACCUUUUGAAUCGCACCGAUAAAUUGCUUCGUGAAUUACGCAACUUAGACGCACAAAAGUGUCGCGAGACGCAUAAAAUGGCUGUGAUAUAUGUUGCAAAUGGACAAGAAGAUAAAAAUAGCAUUUUGAGAAAUUCAUCGGGAAGCAGUACUUAUGAAAUGUUUGUGUCGGCUUUAGGGUGGGAAGUGGAAUUGGAGACACAUCAUGGUUUUCUUGGUGGAUUACCACGACAAGGUUGUGGACAAACAGCACCAUAUUAUGCAACACCAUUCCUUGAAGUAAUUUUUCAUGUUUCAACACGCAUUCCAUCUGAUACACACGAAGCUAUCUUAAAUAAAACGCGACACUUGGGGAAUGACGAAGUUCAUAUUGUGUGGAGUGAACACAGUCGAGAUUAUCGUCGUGAUAUUCUUCCAACAGAGUUUUGUGAUGUAUUGAUUGUUAUUUAUCCACUUAAAAGUGGAUUAUUUCGUGUCAGAGUUAAUAGAAAAGCAGAUGUGCCUUGGUUUGGUCCGAUAUCAGAUGAGAUUGUUGUAAGCGGAACAAAUUUAGCAAAUUUGGUGAGAGCAUCAGCAAUAAAUGCAAGUCGAGCAAAGCGUUUUGCAAUGCCAUUUUAUCAGCAAUAUUAUGAAGAGCGUAAUCGAUCACUUGAAACUGUGGCAUCAAGACAUAAAGAGAGCAAAACUUUUGAAGAAUUCAUUUCAAAAAUCUACUGUCCUAUAUCAAGUAUACAAAGUAUUGCAACAGUUCCAUCAUCAAUCACAACAACAAGCAUCACAGCAGCAGCUUUGAUUGAUCAACAUCCACAACAACAUCACAGAAGUUCUGUGAAGAAUACAAACUCCAGUAAUGCAAGCUCACGAAAAUAAUUCAACUUCGUCCUGUAAAAAACAAACAAACUUUUCUUUUUUCUCUCUUUUGUUCUUUUUUUCCUUUUUACACUUCUGUCUGUCCCUAAAAAUACUUUAAAUGGAUGGACAAACGAAUUGCAUAUCAUUGCAUUUCCCUUAUGAUAAAAAGACUGGUUUCACCAUCACAUUACACAACGUCAGCAAUCUGAUCUCUCUGACUCACCGAGUGUGUUGAGAAAAUUGCCUUUCUGUCACAAUUUACCCAAGAAAUCAUCAUCAAGCAGUACGAUACCUGAUCAACACUCGCCCACCAUGCCGGGUCGACGGUUCAAAUGAAGGAAUUCUUAAAGUGAUUAUUUCUGAGAUUUCUGGUUCCAUAUCAAGUACUUUCAUUGAUACCUCAGUCUUUAUUUGUUUGAGCUUUUAAAAAGAGCUUUUUGAUGUUGGACUUUUCAUAUUUUCAUGAUUGUUGAUCAACAAUUUUAAUUUUCUUUACAAAAAAUCUGCCUUUCGUACGUUAUAAACGUCAUCACGUUUAAGUGACGUAUAAAGGAGAUUACGUUAAGUAUUACUUCCCCUGCGUGCAUUCAAAGCCUUGAAUGAAACAAUUAUUGGAAAAUCCUCGAAUUGCAUAAUUGGAAAGUCCUUCAUCUGAUAAUUUAUUUCGAUUUUCACUUGCACGCUUUUGAAAAAGUUACGUUUUAGCUUGUGAAAAGCUUUUGAUUCCUUUUUUCGCUUGAAUCUUUUGAUUGCCUUUAAUUUUCUUCGCUUACUUUUUAUUUGAAAAUUAUCAAAAAGUUGAAAAAUUUACAUUCAAAUUAAGAAAAAAAAACUUUUUAUUAAACGUACUUUAUUGAAAAAUGAAAGAACACUGUCAAUUGAAGGAAGCAAAAAAGAAAAAUUAGAUUUUGCACUUUGCAAUUAAUAAGAUUAAGUUUGUGUUAGUUCAAAUGAAUUAAAUAUCGAUGUUUGAACUUAAGUCACAGAUUAUUAAUUUAACAAACUUUAUAAUAUUUUUAUUAUUAUUAUAUAUUAUUAUAACUAUUAUCUCUUUUAUUAUUAUGAAAUCUUAACAGUUAACAAAGAACAUAAAUCAGGAGAAACGUCCAUUAAAUCAAAAGAUAUGAAAAAUGAUUUACUUAAGAAACAAUUUAUUUAACGAUUAGUAAUUAGCAAUUGCAUUUUACAAUUUGUUUCCAUUCUUUAUUAU